AUGUCCGCUCUUUCUCCAACGCCCAAGCAAAUUUUAUUAGACGCGAUUACUCGCCUUCAAUACUCAAGUACACCCGAACAAGUACUUUCAUAUGAAACUCUUCUCCAUAGUAGUUGGAUCAUACCAACAAUCCUCUCUUUAUUUUCAGAUCCUUUGGCACCACAACUUCACCUUCAACUUUCCAUAUUAUUAAAACGUGUUGUUGUCAUGCGUUAUAACGAUUUGGACAGCCAGAAUCAAUUAUUAAUUAUCGAUUCAAUAUUUCCUCUUAUUUGUGCUUCACGUGAUUUUUCAAUGAGGAAUCAGUUUGGCGAAGUCGUUAAAUUUAUUUAUACAAAAGAUUUUUACCCACAAAACGUUCAGUGGCUUUUUGAAAACAUUUCUUCUCAGACCGAAGGCGUCAUCCAAUGUUUUGCUUUCGUUUUUCGAGCAAACAGAAACGUUUUGGUCAAGCCAGAAAAUGUUAUGUAUAACAUUUUUUUGAGUCUCUCAAACGUCUUUUUUUCAAUUGUUGAAAAAAUUUCUGAAACGAAUAAUUUGUGGAACGCAAAAAUUGUGGAAAACGUAAUUUCAAUUCUGGCGGACGUGACAACUUGUGGGGUUCCCGAAAAACUUAUGCAACAGGUUGGGAAGUGGCUUUAUAAAACAACUGAUUUAAUUCAGUUGAAUAUAGGCGAGAAAUCUACAAAAUAUUUGUUCAGGUUUCUGAAUAACAUUUUCCAGCUCAACACUCUCAUAUUAGAAAAAUGUUAUUCGUCGUUUUUCCAUAUCAACGUCAAAAUGCUAUUAAAUUAUGGUUUUUUAUUAUUAACCAAAACAACGUCACCAAAAAUUGAGUUUUUGAUCGAGAUGUUUGUCUGGUGUUGCUUGGACUUUGAAUGGAUUUAUUCGUUCGUUUUAUUGGACUUGGAGAGAGUGCUUUUAUGUGUGAUUCCAAAAUUAAGACUUUCAGAGGAAGAUGUGACAUUAUUAUUAAGUAACCCAGUACUCUUUUUACACCGAGAGGAAGACAAAAAGUAUGAGACGGUGAGUGGGUUUUCUGCUGGCAAGAAAUUGGUGAAAAAAUUGUGCCAAACAUUCGAUGGAUGCAAAAGUGUGUUUUUGUGCGUCAUCCGUUUUCUGACACAAGACAGUUGCCGCCAUUUUUAUAUCCUAGAAGGCUGCGUCGUUACGCUCGUUUCAAUCUCGAAUAACAUAAAACGCAAAUUUGAGAGCAGCAUUGAAAAUGUUAUCCAGAUUGCUGUCACUUUGAUGAAAAGUCAAAAUCGUGUUGAAAUUUACUAUGGUCUUGUUCUUCUCAAAGAAUUUUCGUCGAACGUAUUUCAAUCACUUUCCACUUUGACUUUUGAAAAACUUCAAACCCACCGACUGUAUUUUGUCAUACAAAUGUUAUUUGCUUUUAUAGAAAACAAUGACUAUGUUCAGACUUACUACGCAGUUUUAUGUUUAAAAAACUUAAUCACAAAUUUACCAGAACGUAUAGUUAAAAUACUAUUGACUAAAGUCAUCACUCUCCUGCGCUACCCGUCUUAUGAUAUCAUAAAUUUGAUGAUGCAAAUUUUCUCAAAUUUCCCGAAUCUGAGGCCGUUGUGCCCAGAAGUGUUAAGUCAAGCUUCAAAGUGUUGUUACGAACUCUGCACGUUUUAUUCCAGUCUUGACGGAACAGACGAAGACACUAAACACAUGAAAGAAGAGACCGUGGAUCUGGUGACGCAGAUAUUUCAAGCACUGUAUUGCCUCCAGGCAUACGCACCCACCAAUACCUCAAUUUUUGCGCUUUUAUCAGAAAUUUUGAAGAACCAAUUACCUAUAACUCAACGUAUCACCCACUCAAUCUCGUCUGUUGUUGGAACGAUCGGAGAACUUCAGGCGCAAAAUUGCAACAAUUUUGAACUGUUGGAAAGACAGCUCGAGUUGUACCUUACCAACGCGAACAUUGAAGAAAGUGCUGGACUUAUUCCCGCGCUUUCAACACUCGUUUCAAUAUGUCCAAGCGUUGUCAACAGAAUGUUUAUCAAUGAAUUUCUUACAAAUGAAGUGUUUGUGAUGUACGAAGAUGACUAUGUUUUGGCCGACCUCACGUUCUUGGCGAAGAUGUGCGUUAUACAUAACGUCAUUCGACCAUCUGAUGCUGUUGAACCGUUUUUAGCGGUGUUUGAAAAAUGCGAGGAAUGCUCUAAAGAAAAGAUACUCACGACAAUAUUUACAGCGUUUCUUGUGGGGGGCCAAGAGCUUCUUUUGUUCUUCGAAGAGAACAGAACAACAAACUUUUUCUUGAAAAAUGUGAUGGAAUUCGAGACAGGCGGUAACUUCUACAUCACUAAAAUACACUUCUUGGCGCUAUCUGUUGGGCUAGCGUUUACAAAUUAUUUCGAACCUGAUAAGGUAGUUAAAAUUUUACUGAAAGAAAUGGCUCUUCUACAAAAGCUUCGUGGUGCGAAUAACCAGCUGUUUCUUGCAAUGGAAGAUGGACUUAUUGACGAGAGCAGCAGCGAAGGUAAAGGAGAGGAAAUUGCAGAGGAGCGUUGCAAGGAAAUACUGAACAUCAAUGAAAUGGAUGUUUUCAUAAAGAACUUGAGGAACGUUGCGAACGGAGGAUUACUGAAAGGCAUUACUCAAGAAGAGGAGCAUAUUGUUGUAAUAUCGUUUCAGAUGCGAGAGAUAAUCAUCAGCACCUUUCCAUUUCUUGAGAAGUACAAAUACACGACUCUUAAGCUUUCUCAGAACCAAACCUUUUUUGCUUUAGGUGAUGAGACGACGGUGACCAUUUUGUCUAUUGACGAGAAGAUGAAGCAUUGUAUAGAAAACGUGAUGUCGUUCAAUUGGGCGACUUUAAACAAUUCUGAAACGUUAGUGUAUCAACAAGGCAAAUUUCUCUAUUUGUUCGACGUUGUUACACAGAAGAGUUUUGUUCUUCAAGACCUUCCCUCGAGUAAAAAAGUAUCUAUCGAUUCGUACUUAGACUCUUUCAUAGUUAUUUCUCCAUUAGAAUCGCUAAAUACAUACGACGUCAAUGUCUACGACUCGUCUCUUCGGCUCUUCAAUUACACUUUAAACGAUGUUAACACAUUCACUACACAACAUCAGUUGACUCUUUUCCUUCAUUUUGAUUAUACAGUAACUAUCAUUUCCCCAAAAGACCCCCACAAAUUAUCAGCAACUUUGCCAUUUCUGAAGGUCCAAAUGCCCGACGUGCAAUCGUUCUCCUUUGGCGAGAAAUUGUCGAGUUACAUCUUCAGUAACGGGAAAUGCCUUCUUUCGUUCAAGCCAAUAACAACAGUCAUUGACAGUCCAUAUAAGGAAUUACUGUUGAUGGACACGAUGAACAAAAUGUUGUUUGAAACGGUAGAACUUCCAUUGAACAAGGCAUUUUCAACACACAUCUUUGUCUCCCAAACAGGAGUGUUUGUAUUACAAAGCGACUCGACGACGUUUGAGUUGUCCAAAAUAGGAGGAGACGAGAAGAUCACACAAAAGAACAUUCAAAUGGUCUAUGGAACUGUUUUUCCUUUGUACUUUACUGGACAAAAGUUGGUUGUAGCGGUGCCUAAUGAUUCCAGGAGAAUGUUACUCACUUUAAUUAAUGGAGGAUUCUCAGAACUGAUUGGUGAUAUAACACGCUUAAAUCCACAAUUUGCAGUGGACUCUGCGGAUUCAAGAGUCUUAAUUACUUUAGAACACGCCUUGGAAACAGACGAUUUGAAUGAAGUCGACAAAACAGUGAAGAUAUUACUUGAAAAAGAAGACUUGCAACUCCUUGUCGAAGCGCUGAAAAUAUUUGAGGAAAAUAUGGUAUUAGAAACGUCAUACGAGUCGAUCCAAGCGUGUUUGAAGAUAGUGACGAAAGUGGCGAAACGCGAGUUGAUGCAGAACAAAGACAUUUUAAGUCGAGUUAUAUUAAAGAUUGGGGAACUUGAAAAGGAGCGAAGUACCAUUGAGAGGAACAAAUUGAGGAAUUCCAAGAGUGAGACUGUGAAGUGUUUGAACGAAGUCGAACAGACGCUUAAACUUGUGAAAGUCGAAGAACUGAUACACCCCGAGAAAUUUGAUGAUCUCAUAUUACAUGGAAACAUCUCAUCUGCAGAGAAAAGGGACAAAGAUAUUAUGAUGAAAGGCCAAGGAUUGAUAUUGUCUAAAGCCGUCAAAGGAGACUUUGAUAAUGCAAUUCGGAUUUCUCUGCGACUUGGUGUCGUCGAAUUCUCUUUGAUGCUUUUGAGGAUCAUACUGAACACGACAAACAGUCAUUUACGAGAGGGUUGUAUCCAUAUCUAUAAGGAACUUGAAUACCCAAAAUUUGAGUUUGACGAAGAGUUCAUUAAAACGUACGACGCACAAGACCAUACAAAUAACAAGGAAGAGAAAUAUGACGAAUUUUUACCUAGCAAGAUCGAAGAGAUUCACGAAUUUGAAGGUGACGUCUCCAAAAGUGUUUCUGAACGGUUUCAUAUAGCAGAAGUGAUACAAAAUGUGAAGAAAGAACAUGUUGUGAUUCGUGUGAAUGACACACUGUCUGCGGACAAAUGCGAGAAGACAAUGAUAUUGAUCGAGAGUGGGGAGUUGCGACAGCAGAUCUCUGUGAAUGAUGCGAUGAAGUACUUUAUAAGUCACAAUGAAUACCAAAAAGCUAUUCGGUGGAUAGAAGAGUACAAAUUGCAAUUCAGUGGGACUCAAGAGAUCUGGGGACUGUGGCGCAUUGUUCAAUAUUACGCAGUCAAUCCAACAAGAAGACUCUUAGAAGAAUAUCUAAUGAGUCACUCGAUGGUGCCUGAUGAGGCGUAUUUGAAAUACACGAAGUGCCAAAUUACACAUCCCAUGAAGAGUGCGGAUGAGAAGAAACAGAGUGAGGCGUUAGAGGAAUACAAGAAAAUCCAGUUUCUGCCUUUAAUAGACUCUGCUAUCGAAAAUUUCAAGAUCCAGAAGUAUCCGAUCAUGUGGAUGAACCAAAUUAAAGCGCUGCACGCGAAUAUUGAAGACGCCAUUCUGAUGAACACACUUAAAUUCUUGGACGCACCAAUUCCACUGGAUUUGAAUAUCCAAAGCAUCGUCUUUGGGAUGUUAACAUCGAAACCUUUAUUAGCGAAAAUACUGAAAGCAUUCUUUAAUCGAGAAGAGAAGGUGAAGAAGGUCGAGGAGUGCAAUGGCGUGUUGACAUCAUCAAAUGGGGAUAUAACCCUCCCACAAUUUUAUUCUGGGUCGUUCCAAGUGGUCUAUGACCCGUACUUAACGAAACCGCUUGGAUUUGUACCACGAAAGUGUGUUCCACAGACGCGAAAUGUAUUAGACGCGAAGUACUAUCUCUUAGAGAAAGAGUGCGUUCGAGCACUUCUAACAACACCAGAAUUGACAAUUGAGGAGAUGUGUAAUGUUGUUAUAACAAGUCAAAAUGAUGUCAGGACAACAUGUGUGUUUUAUUUGAAUGAUCCAUACUUAAGACUGGUCAUAGUAUUACACGAAGAUUUAAGUAAUAAGUAUGGCUUGAUCUUCAAUAAGUACCCAAGUCUCAAGGCCAUUCAAAAAGGGAAAGAACUUGAUUACGCCAAAUUACUGAAUGGAAGUGCAGAGAUAAAAUUGGAGUUUAUGAAGUGCUACGAGGAGGUCUUUGGAAAUGCAUAUCCAUCGCCUGUUGAAUUUGACCGAAUAGGAUUCCUGAGAAAUUACUUCAAAUUGCCACAAAGUACUUUGCAGCUCCAAGUCCUAGCGAGAAAUCAAGCAUUCAUAGAGACUAUAGUCUACUCCGACAAACACGGAUUUGACUGGAGUGUUGUGAAAGAUAUUAUAGUGCAAUACAGUGGCGAUUCUGCUAUAGCAAAACAUGUUGCUUCGAUCUUGGGUGCAUUGUCCAAGAAUAGUGGAGAUAGAGGACUCUUGACUAUGUUGCUUGAGUACACGCCUUUAGAAGCGUUAGCUGUCUUUAUUGAGUCUUCUAAUAAGACUAUCGAGUCUGUGACGAAUAGAAUAUUGGAAAUGGUCAAUAUGGAUAUCAGUUGUCACAUGCUUUGCAUUGCAUUGUCCCUCUUUGAUUCAAAGAAUGCGAUUCGACACUUCUUCGACGUCUGCUGGAAUAUCAGCCAAACGUACUUUGAGAAGGCGGAAGAGUCUGCAAAGCAAAUGAAAAUGUCUGAAGGCUUAAUAGGAGACGAAGAAUGGAGGAAGAAGAUGAUAGAGACAGUCUUAGACAUAGAAGUCGAGUACUUCCAAAUUCAUUCUCCGAUGCGGUUACAGAAGUUGAUUGAGUCUUUAGAAGGUCAAGAUCUUGGUCAACGUGUUGAGUUGAAGAUAAAGAAGUUCUGCAGUAUUAUUCGCAUCAUUGAGGUGACACAAGUCAAUUUGAAAUUGACGGAAGACUCGAGUGAAUUUAUUGAGAAGAUGUCGCAUGCGAAGUGUUUUAAAGAAGCGUACGACCACAUUAUAGUAUUUGAUCCUAUUAAGAUAUUUGGUGUUAUAGAAAAAGAAGCGGAUCAGAUGGUAGAGAAGAAAGUGAGUUGGGAAGGUAUCAAUGAGUUCUUAGAGGCGAAGAAGAGUCCAGCUUUGGAUGUGACGAAAUACUUCCAAUCGAAAAUUGAUAAGAUCUCAGCACUAAAGAAUGAGAAGAGUUUUAAAGAGAUCAACAAAGAGGUAGUUGGACUCUUACUCUUCAAAGAGAAGUGGUUUGAAAAACUGGAGAGGGAGAACCCGAAUGGGAUAGUCCUGCAAUUGCACGCGGAGAAUAAACAAAUGUUGAUGACGUACCAACAAGCCAUGAGAGAGUCUGUACCUGUUGAAGCGUUAAUUAAUCCAACAGAAGAGAGUGUGUACUAUGUGUUAAGUACUUCUAAUUAUACAUUAGCACAACAAAUGGAUGAGACUGUACACACGGAGGAGAUACCGAUAUUCACGCAAGUUUUGCACUUUGUCUCGUCACAAGAGUCAUAUCAGAAAGAAUUAGAAAGUGGAUUGAAGCACAUAGACGAGCUUUCUAUAAAUAGUAAACAUAUCACAACAGCAGUCGAACUGUUAAAAAUACGGUUUGAAAUGAUCUAUAAAUACUUUGAUGACAAGUCACUGGUAUUGGUCGUGUUAUCGUCGUCGGCAGACUACAACUCGAAGGUGUUUGACUUCUUGCAGACGAUAAUCAGUUCUAAAGUGCUUUCAAAGCUUGCGACAAACACACUGAAAUGGGCAAAGGUGUUCCAGGACGCGCGACGCUUUGUCGAUGCGGAACAUAUUGACCAAAAAGAGCUUGGGAAAUUCCUAGCGAGUAAUUUUGUGGAAGUGACGGACAACGUUCGGUCGUGUAAUGUGAUGGGGUGGUCGACGCCAAACAUGUUGAAUUAUUUGAACAUCUUAAAAGACCAGUCGGACAUAGUUUUGCCUUUGUUGCAAUUAACAGAAAACAUACCAAAGACAAACACGUUGUGUGAAGCGUUGAUUCUUUGCCACACUGCAGCAAAGAACACGAAUAGUGCGUUACUCAUGGAAAAGGUGCUUGGGAAGAUUAAAACUUCUUUGGUGGUCUUUUUAAUACCACACAACCAUGCGUAUCUUGUAAGAGUUAUUACACGUACAAAAGCAUAUGAAGACGUUCAAAUUAAAGAAGUGAAUAACCCGCCAACCACAUUAGUUAGAUACUUUGUGAAAAAGGCACUGACGGACUCUGAAGUGGAUUACUCCGUCUUGUUACAAACGAACGACCAGAAGGACGCAUUUGAGACUGGAUUGUAUUACCAGUCGGACUUGGCUGCAGUCAAAGACGAACUUGGGACAUCGAGUCCUCUCUAUGAAAAGAUCUUUACGGACAUUUAUAUGUUCUUGAAUGACUCCAUGGAAGGCGGGUCAAUGUACUUUGAAAAGGGGAAUAAAAUACUCAAUGAAGCUAUUAAUAAAAUGACAACGAAGCGCGGGAGUGUCGAGAUUGUAGUUUCUGACUUGAAUGAAGCGUUAGAAUGUUAUCUCAAAGCGGUGGUGUUCUUUUGUAAUGGACAAGAGUAUUACCGAGCGAAUAAGUGUGCGCGACAGAUCAACUUAAUUGCACUCCAAAUGUUCUAUAAUAACGUCCAACUGCUUGGGUUGUCCAACGACAAGGCCAAAAUCCAACUCCAAUAUUUCUGGUUUGCAGAAGACGCACAACUCUACGCAGACGCUUAUGACUUAGCGGAAGCCAAGAACUUCAUUCCCGCGUUAUUCGAGCAAUGCGUUGUGAAAGGCAAUUUGAAGUAUCUUGAGGAGUGGAGGAGUUACUAUGAGAUGGACAAAAGACUGUGGAAUGACGUUAUGGAGUACGUCGAGAAGCCACAGAAAGUCAUUAAGAAGAAAGAAAUAGAAGAACGGAAGAAGGCGUUCAUAACAGCUGCGACGAUGUAUUGGCCCACGUUGUUUUGUGAAAACGGGGUGGCAAUUAAACAGAUGAUCAUUGUUCCUGAAAUGAAAGAGUUGAUCAGGAACGCUGGUGUUGCUCGCAUUAUAGAAAUUGACCCAAUUAUCGCGUUAGAUGAUUGA